UGGCGUGGUUCGAUGUCCCGAGGGGAUAUGGCUUCAUUACGCCGGAGGACGGCGGCGAGAACCUCUUCGUUCACUAUUCCUCGAUCAAAGCGAUGGGUUUCCGCUCGCUUUCUGGUGGCGAGGCCGUCGAAUUUGUUGUCUCCGUGGGCGAUGAUGGCCGCAGAAGGGCCGUCAGCGUCACUGGGCCUGGCGGGGCCUACGUCAAGGGUCGUCGGUACUUUGAUGGUGCUUGCUACCGCUGCGGCGAGGUAGGUCAUAUGGCGACGGACUGUAAAAGUGAUGGCUGUUGCCGUAGGCUCGGGCCUUGUUAUGGAUGUGGGGCAAUGGGUCAUCUCGUUAAGGAGUGCCCAGAUGCGCGAAUAGAGUCUUCUUCCCCAAGAUCUAAUAUCUUCAAGGCCUGGAAACUGUGGGAUAACGCGGAGGAGGAUAUUCGUACUGUAUUUAGCAGGCUUUACGAAAGCACGGACUCUGCAGAAGAAGAAGAAGAAGAAGAAGAAGAAGAAGAAGAAGAAGAAGAAGAAAGCGAGUUAACAAGCAGGGCGGAGCAGAGGAACUGGGCAGAGCUUCCACGUGAUGUCCUUUCUGUAAUAUUCAAGAAGAUUGCAGCGGUCGAGAUCCUAAGGUCAGCACAGUUUGUGUGCAGGCCGUGGAGACAGUUAUCGCACGAGCCGGAGCUUUGGAGGCACAUCGUGGUGGCGAUGCCGGACGAGCGCAUGGACCCUACUCACUUGGAAUCAUUGGUAAUGUUAGCCGCGGACAGAAGCGAAGGAUCUUUGGAGAAGUUCCAUUUAGAGGGCUUUGCGAGCCUGAAGGAUGAAAUCUUUGGCUAUAUCGCUGACAGAGCUACUAAGCUGCGAUGCCUUCGUUUGAUAUCCAUGUUUAAUAUGUCUGCAAUGGCAUUGGCUCAAGCGGUUAGAAAAUUUCCUCUGUUGGAGGAGCUUGAAAUCUCAUUUUGUUUCAUUUCUGCUGAAUUACUUGGAUCAGUUAGCUUGGCUUGCCCGCAAUUGAAGAGCUUCAGACUUAAUACAACACCAUACUAUGUUUAUUACAGUGAUUGUGAUGAGAGUUUUGAUGGGAAUUUUGAUGCUGAGGCUUUGGCUAUUGCGACGCACAUGCAACAUCUGCAUUGUCUUCAGCUUAUCGGAAACAGUCUUACAAAUACUGGGUUGUUUGGGUUAUUUUCCAUACUCGACAAUUGUCCCAAUCUUCAACAUAUUGAUAUUCGUCGAUGUUUAAAUAUUACGAUUGACGAAAAUUUGAAGAAAAAAUGCAAAUUGGUCAAACACUUGAGACUUCCCAAUGACUCUACUGCAGAUUAUGAGUUUAGUGAAGUUUUUGACGGGCCUGAAGAAUCGAUCACUGAUUUAGCAUUUGAUUUUGAUUCAUAUCAUGACUGGCUUUAUGGUGACUCUGAUUAUUAUAAUCAUGACGGCGAAGUCUCUGAUAUGGACUAUGAUGACCUCUUUGGUUUCUGCUAAAUCUUCACCAUGGUGUUCUUAAAAUGAAGCCUUUUUAUGUUGAGGUGGCGCUAAUGGUGAUUUUUUUUCUCAUGCUGGAGCUGGUGUUACUUGGCAAGCAAAAUGGAUCUUUUUUUGUUUAUUCAGCCAUCCUUACACCGAGAAAAUCUGGUAUGUUUUAUAUGUUUGAUUUGGUUUAUUUUGCAUAUAUGGACGUCUAUAUUGAAAUGUUUCUAGAAUUAAGACUGAAAUAUCUGAUUCCGUGCUGAUCCAAACUUAAAACUAAAGUUUGAUUCAAAGGUAUUUGUUGCAAUCUCAAGUCCAAUAGAGUUUGGUUGAAU